AUGACAGACUUUGAAGAGGUUGCAAAGCAGUUCAUCGAGUUCUACUACAACCAAUUCGACUCGGACCGCAAGGGACUUGCAAGCCUCUACCGCGAGCAAUCCAUGCUGACUUUUGAGUCCGCCUCCACCCUUGGCGUCAACUCCAUCGUCGAGAAGCUCACGUCUCUUCCUUUCGAGAAGGUCAAGCACCAGGUUACGACCCUCGAUGCCCAGCCCACCCUUGAGGGCGGCAUCAUCAUUCUCGUUACCGGCCAGCUCUUGGUCGACGAGGAGCAGCGCCCCCAAAACUACACCCAGGCUUUCCAGCUGGUGCGUGACCCUACCGGCAACUACUUUGUCUUCAACGACAUCUUCAAGCUGGUUUACGGUUAA